AUGGGCAGUUCUUCCGUUGAGAAGAAGAGAAAACGGGCGUCAGACCGACAUGAGCGACCAAGCAAAAAACCUGCAAUCGGUUCCAGCACUGCGCCGGUGAAGGUCCAGUUCAAGCAAAACCCAGCAGGACAAGUCCCUAUCAUAGCUUCCGCGCCUGGUCUCACGGUUCCAGAAACGCUGCCGCUAAGUACCUACGCAAAGCCGCGCCAGCAGCGCAUAAAGCACGUUGAGAACACAAACCUAUCCUCGACUGAAUUGCUAUUGCAUACCUCUGCGCACCCUAAGCUCAAUUUCACCGGUAGAGAGGGGGAGAAUGAGUUGGACAAUCUAUGGAAUCACUACGUUGCGGUUUACGAUCCGAAGGAGAACACCAUGCAGAUCUUGGAGGCAAGGAAGAUGAUGGUGCGAGGAUGUCUGCGGGAAGCUGCCGUAGAGGUAGAGGAGGAAACUGGCGAAGAAGCUGCGCCUACUGCCCUCUCUCAAAGAGCUGCACUCGCAGAAGCAUUCGGAACGAAAAUGGCUCGUAAAGCUGUUGCUGCCAUCACGGAGAAUGCGCUCACCUCCAACGCAUCUGUCUCGUCUACCAAUGCAGCCGAAUCCGCUCUCCUCUCGUCCAUGCCACAGGAUGCAAUGUCAAUUGCAGCGGCGGAGAAGUCAGCACAGGCAGAGAUCCAGGCAUCCAAACCACUCCCUCAACCGAACUUGUCAGCCACCCAGCCCGCAGACGUCUACAGCGUUGAGAGCCUGGUACCCAACGGCCUUCCAACGUUGCGCAAAAUACCGGUUCGAGACUGGCAGGAGGCAGUCGCUGCUUCAGAGGGUAUCACUACUACCUCGCGCUUCGUGGCUAAUCGGGUUGAAGCCGCUGUUCAAUCAGGCGACAAGUCAAUUGUACAACUCCUACGAUUCAUACUUAUAUUGAUCGAGCUAUCACGGUCUCUGAAACGAUCGAGCGGUGGUGGUCGUGGGCCUGAGAGCAAGAAACUCCCUCCCCGCGAAGACCUGCGGCGAGUGCUCUCUACGGCCGUCGACUCUGAAGCCACUACUACUCCAACAAUAACGGACCCAUUCCUGGACUCUCUCCGCCGUAAAUUUGUUCCACAGGGCUCAUUCCUCUCCCGAAAUGAUAUAACACUCCUCCACACCACGAUAUGUGCUCUAUCGCUCCACAUCCCGCCAUCGUCUGGCAAGGGAGGUGGAAGCAGCUUGACAGAGCUAGCCACUGAUCCCGCAGACCUGCGUGAUGAUCUACGACUAGAGAAUGACACAAUUCUAAAAUAUUUCAGAGAGCUCGGGUGUAAAGUUGACAAGCCUAGGGAGACGGAGUUUGCAAAGUGGAAUAUUAAAGGCGGCAAGGCGGAGGCGGCAUCAAAGAGAAUCGCAAGACUGAAGAUUCCCGUUGAGUUUCCCAAGGUUAGCAGGGGGAGGAUGUCGAAGAGGUAG